AUGAAACCCCGAGUUAUACCGAAGAAGCCGAUAGCCACUGAUCAGCAACUGUUUGUUGAUUCCGCAAUUAAGCUAGUGUCGCUGCACAAUAUGUCUCUGCUUAAAGAACGUAACGUGGUUUAUUCCCGCGCUGAUAAAGGAAAUGCAAUUGUGAUCAUGGAUAAAAACGAUUACGACUCGCGCGUACUCAACAUGAUCAAUGAAGGUCCGUACGAAGAGUGUAAAUUCAAAAAUGGAAAACCCAAAGAUCCUCUCAACACUAUGAUAGACGAGGCUAACGUUGUUCGACAAAAAGUGGCACGGCUAAUGGGGGAUGAAAAGCUUGAGCGACGUCUUUACGUGCCGAAUCCGAAGGUCGCCUCACUAUACUGCCUACCCAAAAUCCAUAAGAAUCCAUUGUCUAUGCGUCCAAUUUCGUCAAACAUCUGUACACCAACCGAGAAAAUGGCGGCUUGGCUGGUAGAUGAGAUCAAACGAUAUCCUGUGACUCACGGCAAGAGUGUAAAAAACUCGAUAGAACUUGUAGAUCAGAUUAAAGACCUCGAGAUACGACGCAGUGAGAUCAUGGUGUCGUUCGAUGUUGCUUCUCUGUUCCCCAGUGUACCCGUUGAAGACGCCUUAAAAAGCUUACGUGCACAUUUAGAACGAAAACAAGUCCCCUCGAACCACAUUGCGGCUUAUCUUUCUGUGGCACAGUUGUGUAUGAAGCAGAACUUAUUCAUGUUUCGCGGGAAGUUUUACAAACAAAACUUUGGCCUUAGCAUGGGAAGUAAGCUUUCACCGCUAUUAGCUGAAGUAUUUAUGAGCGAUUUUGAGACCGAGGUACAAAAAGACAAAAUGUUCCCCCGGGUUUGGAAGCGGUACGUCGACGAUGUGUUUGCUUUGGUGAAGGAACGCUAUUUGCCACAAACGCUCAACCUACUGAACUCGAAACACGACUCGAUCAGAUUUACGGUUGAAAAAGAACAAGACGGUACACUCCCGUUUUUAGAUCUUCGCAUCUCAAUAAAAGAAGACAAAACAUUGAAAUUUGGCAUCUACCGUAAACCAACUUCAACAGACCGUUUCAUAACAUCCGACUCCAACCAUUUUGGAGCCCAAAAGCAAGCAGCAUUCCACUCGAUGGCCCACCGCCUUUUCAAUAUACCGUUAGAAGAUGAAGAGUUUAAUGCGGAAAGGGAGAAAAUACACAAAAUCGCCGGACAGAAUGGAUAUGACAGCAACUUUGUGAACAAAAUCCUGCGGAAACAUGAACGGAAAAGACACCGACAGAAUGCAACAACUCUUCAACCAGACAGCGAUGAGAAAGAGCGCGAAGAGGUAAACCAUCCUCGUAAAGGAUACAUACCGAAGCCUGAUAUGUGCAGGGACGAGAAGGAAAAUCUUGCCACAAACGAGCGCGAGGUGAUCGAUAUGUGGAAGCAAUUCUUCGAGCAGCAUCUAAAUGGCGAUACAACAGAAGGUAGCGAGACGGAAGUUAAUCUAGGAGUGGCAACAAACGAUAGCAGCGUGGCGGCUACUGAUCUCGAAGAGAUCCGCUGA